AUGUAUACCUACGAAGAUACCAAUGCCAAAGCCGUUCAACAACUUUGGGGUAAAGGAAUACAAAGUGCAACCGAAAUCCGCAAGCGAACACAUAUCCCAAGGUCCACUAUAUACUAUAAUAUUUCCAAGCUAAAAAAAAAUGGAAGUGUAGUACAUCGAGAGCGAAGUGGCCGCCCCCAAAAAAUCUCUACUAGAAUCACCAAAGCCCUUAUUCAGCAAAUAAAAAGGGCCCCGGCAAUAUCUACAAGGUCUUUGGCGGUAAAUUUGCUUAAAAGGGAAGUUCAAGUCUCCCACGUAACUAUUUGGAACAAUUUAACCCAGCUUGGGUAUAAAAAAGGUCGAGCUUAUGCCACACCAAUGCUUACGGCAAAGCACAUGGAAAAGCGUGUAGAGUGGGCAAGAAAAUACCUUAAUUAUGAUUGGAGUCGAACUCUAUUUUCUGAUGAAACGGCCUUCCAACUGUUUAGGAAUACCGUAGAGUACUGGUAUAAGGACGAACGUCCCGUACGUCGAAUUCCUAAAGACAAAGUAAAAAUUAAAGCAUGGGUGGAUUUUACUGUAAGGGUUAGGAGAAUGCUUGGGAGUCGUUGGGAAUUUCAACAAGACAACGAUCCCAAGCAUACAAGUCGUGUAGCUAGAACGUUCCUAAAUGAUAAUGCACCAAGGGUAAUUGAUUGGCCUUCUAAUAGUCCCGAUCUAAAUCCUAUUGAAAAUUUAUGGAAUAUAGUUAAAAAUAAUGUUGAAAAACGGUGGCCAAAAAAUUUAGAUAAAUUAGAGCAAUUUAUGGCGGAGGAAUGGGAUGAAAUCACACAAGGCAUUUUAGAGAACUUGGUGGGGUCAAUGAGAAAUCGUUGUGAGCUUGUAAUUGAAAAAAAAGGGGAUCGUAUCCUGUAUUAA